CGGAACCCAAGUCUCGGCCCGCUUUGUAGCCUCUGGUUUCUAAAUUCAGCGUCGAGGAGCGGAAACAACCCCCCUGAACUGGGCCCAGACCCUUAAGCUCCUGGAACCUCAGUUUUUCCUUCCGUCGAAUGGCGACAAUGGCUGUCUGGUUGAACGUUAUUUUACCUAGGAAGUAAUAAUUUUCGUAAAUAGGUCUCUGAGAGUAUUUGCUUGCUAAAAUCCUGCUUUGUCCUGGAAGCAAAUUUAGGCCACGUUAGGGGAGGGGACUUCGUAUUUAAUGUUGAGCACCUGGCGAGCGCCACCUUCCCCUCAAAGCGCCCUCGGACCCUGAUCCAGUAUAAGGCCGGAGUUGGGCAGUGAGGGGUCUCGAGAGGUGGAAAGGGGAUUAUUGCCCUUUCAAGAGUCCUACGUAGGUGACUCCUAAGCCUUAGCAUUUACUCCCUUAGACCGUGUAACAGGCCACCCCAAUUACGCGCCAAACUCAGGCUGCGGCUCUUGGCGCAGCCUCGGUCCCGCCUGAUUUCAGUUUCCAUUUCGCUGCCCCUGGUGCCCCACCGCCCGCGGCUGUCUGGGGAUUUGCCCGGUGAUCAGUGACGUAAAAGAGACUAAGGUUCCCAUUGGACGGCGAAGUUCUGCAGGAGCCAAUCCCGGGGCUGGUCCGGGAGAAAUCUCGGCGAAGGGCCCCGAAUAGCCGGGAGAUUACGGGGAGGGGACGAGCUGUCGCGCUGGUUGCUCGUGCAGGAGCGGGACCCGGAACAGACCGCCGUGAGAGAGGAGGGGCGCCGGCCGGGAUUCGCGGCCCGGAGCUCGGGACCGGUUGCUUCAUUCCAGCCUCGCAGUCACCUCUGUGCCCUGCUGGUUGUCUUCCCAGCGCUGCUCUAGUUGCCUUCCAUGGAUCUAUAGGAGAGCAAGUCCUCCAGGAGCUGGUGGUGUCUGUCGAUUGACUGAGUGCUGGAGCUGGCAGCCCUGUGCAGGCUGCCACCUUUGCCCCUUUACUGUGCUUGCUCCUGACUCUAUGUCGCGUCUCCAAGGAGAAGUCCUCACCAGUGAACGGAGACCUCUCUGAACUAAGGAUACCAUGGCCACGUCAGCCCCACUACGGAGCCUGGAAGAGGAGGUGACCUGCUCCAUCUGUCUCGAUUACCUGCGGGACCCUGUGACCAUUGACUGUGGCCACGUCUUCUGCCGCAUCUGCACCACAGAUGUCCGCCCCAUCUCAGGGAGCCGCCCCGUCUGCCCACUCUGCAAGAAGCCUUUUAAGAAGGAGAACAUCCGACCCGUGUGGCAACUGGCCAGCCUGGUGGAGAACAUUGAGCGGCUGAAGGUGGACAAGGGCAGGCAGCCGGGAGAGGUGACCCGGGAGCAGCAGGACGCGAAGUUGUGCGAGCGACACCGAGAGAAGCUGCACUACUACUGUGAGGACGACGGGAAGCUGCUGUGCGUGAUGUGCCGGGAGUCCCGGGAGCACAGGCCCCACACGGCCGUCCUCAUGGAGAAGGCCGCCCAGCCCCACAGGGAAAAAAUCCUGAACCACCUGAGUACCCUAAGGAGAGACAGAGACAAAAUUCAGGGCUUCCAGGCAAAGGGAGAAGCUGAUAUCCUGGCCGCGCUGAAGAAGCUCCAGGACCAGAGGCAGUACAUUGUGGCUGAGUUUGAGCAGGGUCAUCAGUUCCUGAGGGAGCGGGAGGAACACCUGCUGGAACAGCUGGCGAAGCUGGAGCAGGAGCUCACGGAGGGCAGGGAGAAGUUCAAGAGCCGGGGCGUCGGGGAGCUUGCCCGGCUGGCCCUGGUCAUCUCCGAACUGGAGGGCAAGGCGCAGCAGCCAGCUGCAGAGCUCAUGCAGGACACGAGAGACUUCCUAAACAGGUAUCCACGGAAGAAGUUCUGGGUUGGGAAACCCAUUGCUCGAGUGGUUAAAAAAAAGACCGGAGAAUUCUCAGAUAAACUCCUCUCUCUGCAACGAGGCCUGAGGGAAUUCCAGGGGAAGCUGCUGAGAGACUUGGAAUAUAAGACAGUGAGCGUCACCCUGGACCCACAGUCGGCCAGUGGGUACCUGCAGCUGUCAGAGGACUGGAAGUGCGUGACCUACACCAGCCUGUACAAGAGUGCCUACCUGCACCCCCAGCAGUUUGACUGUGAGCCUGGGGUGCUGGGCAGCAAGGGCUUCACCUGGGGCAAGGUCUACUGGGAAGUGGAAGUGGAGAGGGAGGGCUGGUCUGAGGAUGAAGAAGAGGGGGAUGAGGAGGAAGAGGGAGAAGAGGAGGAGGAGGAAGAGGAGGCCGGCUAUGGGGAUGGAUACGACGACUGGGAAACGGAUGAAGAUGAGGAAUCGUUGGGUGAUGAAGAGGAAGAAGAGGAGGAGGAAGAGGAGGAAGUUCUGGAAAGCUGCAUGGUGGGGGUGGCUAGAGACUCUAUGAAGAGGAAGGGAGACCUCUCCCUGCGGCCAGAGGAUGGCGUGUGGGCGCUGCGCCUCUCCUCCUCCGGCAUCUGGGCCAACACCAGCCCCGAGGCUGAGCUUUUCCCAGCACUGCGGCCCCGGAGAGUGGGCAUCGCCCUGGAUUAUGAAGGGGGCACCGUGACUUUCACCAACGCAGAGUCACAGGAACUCAUCUACACCUUCACUGCCACCUUCACGCGGCGCCUGGUCCCCUUCCUGUGGCUCAAGUGGCCAGGAACACGCCUCCUGCUAAGACCCUGAGCCCUGACAUCUGCCCCCGGCCCCAACCCUCAGAUGCUUCACUUCUUUGGAAUUCCAGGACUCUCAAUGGGGGGACAGGAUGCCUGGCCUAAGCACCUGGAGCAGGGGACCCCAUAUCCACUGGCAGCCACCUCCCCAUUGCUGUGGCCCCCUGAAAUCUCACUCAGUGCUAUUGCUCCAUCUACUGCCCUAAUGGGGCUCUUUUCCCACCUCCUGCUGGUUUCCCGAGGGAACUUCUGACCCUGGAGUCCAUGAGGGCUCCUUUCCUUUUUGACCACGACCUUGGCCCCAGCUCUGCACUCUCUGUGGAAUAAGGGCCUGAUGCAGCAUUUUCUUGCCCAGUGUGGCAAGACCUCAGAAAAACCAGUCAAUUACGCCUAAGAUCAUUUUGCUGUCCUUAAACCCCCCCAGGUUCCUUCUUGCACAAAUCCACUCUGCUGCCCACCUUCCCUGGCAUUUUAAACAGACCUACCCCACCCCAACUCAGAGUUAAGCAUACAUGGCAAUGCUGAAAAUAAACAAUGAAAAUCUGCUGAGGCUUCCCAGGCCAUUUAAGGCCUGGAGUACCAGUGCAUAUCAUCUCAUGGGGUCCAGAGUGGAGUCCAGGCUUCUCUGAAACCAGGGCUGAGCAUAUUUCCAUAGCCAAGGAGGUGGGACUCCCUGGAGCUAUCUGUGGUCUUAGGGAAGGAUCCAGACAUACACGGCUUUGGGGUACAAGCUGUGAUCACUGAUCAAUAAAUUGUCUGUGGACUGGUCCUUGUGAGGGGAGUUUUAAGAAUCCAGAACAUCUUGCUCUUGAUCAGCACAUCCAAAAACACCAAGACAAACAUCCGGUGGAGCAGAACCUCUCCUGCCUCGGGAGUUCUGACCGGGUUCCCCAGCAGGGUGUUAAGCCUCUGUCUCUGGCCCUACCAGCAUCCAGGUUCCACUUUCGUAGGAGAGAGUGGAGAUGGGAAGACAGGGAAAGGAAGGCAGCAGGAGGCCACAAGCCCACCAGGUCUUCAUGUCAAGAGAGGGAGUAACAUGUCUUCUCAUUGCCCACGGACCCAACCUCUGUCCAGGUGCCCCUCAUCAUCAUAGUUUAACACAAGCUCCCCUGCUCCAGCCAAAUUGAUCUCCCAGUCUUGUCCUUACCCAUUCCAAGUGCUCUGCCAGCCCCUGUUCAUCCAAGUUUUAAGUCCUCCACCCUGUUCUAAGAGACUGUUCCAACGGCUCUGGGCCUCAGUGGUCUCUUGACCACCAUUGUCUCAGAGCUGCCCACUUUGUGUGUGUCACAUGCUGCCUGAGUCACAUGUACAUCUUAUUUCUGCCUCUAGUUUUGUAAGCUCCUGGAGGGCGGAUAACAUCUUAUACUACUCUUGUAUUCUUAUGGCACCUAGUGCAGUGCUGGGCACAGAGUAGGUGCUCAAUAAAGACUUGUUGAUUGAA